UCUGUCCUUCGAUAUUGUAUAUCUACGGGUAUGUCAACCUGAAGGAAGACGACGGGAGCAGAACAUAGGGCGGCUGUGGUGGUUAUCUUUUUUUUCUUGCAUGUUUACAGCCUACAAUAACCUGUCUGUUUUGCCAUAAACUAUCUACCAUCGGCUUUUCAUCCUCUGGGCACCGUGCAGACGCCACGCUGGCGUCGAACUGAAAACACCGGGCGGACGUGGCAUCGCAGCGGAAAAGUACGGCGAACGUCCAUUUGUGAACGAGCAGGUGUUGGACAAUUCUUGAGGUUGCGCAUGGAGACGUGACGUUGAUUCCAACCGUGUUUACGAGGGCGUAUCACGCCUGAAACAAGACUGCAAGUACGAAACAAAACGGGAAACGGAGUGUAAACAAAGAUGGCGGCGCCCGUUGUUAUCAGCAGCAUGUGAAGACGCCGAAGUAGGGUGGGAUCUUGACUUAGGAGUGCACAAACGUAGAUUUAACGAGACUCUGUCGGUGCUUUGUGUCCCAGAACCAAAUUUGAGGUACGAGUUCUGAUAGUUGGCUCAUUCCACAUUGCUACAGUUCAUGUGGUAACCUUGCAGAAAACGUCUUUCUGGGUGUUCUCUGCCAAAUUAGCUUUUCUGACCAUGGAUCCUGAGAACAAAGUGACUCCCGUGAAGAAGAGGAAGAAGAAAAAGAUGAUGUCCAUUCAAUUAAAGCAUGAAAUCAUUGAAAAAUAUGAGCGAGGCGUGCGUGUGGUGGACUUGGCCAGGCUGUAUGACCGCAAUACGUCUACUAUAUGUUCUAUACUGAAGCAAAAGGAGUCGAUUAAGGCUAUAACGCCUGCCAUGGGUGUCAAAAUCAUUUCAAGGCUUCGAACCUCUGUCCACGAGAAGAUGGAGAGGCUGCUGUUGGUGUGGUUGACAGAGAAGCAGCUUAGCAGAUGUCCUUUGACGGAGGGCGCCAUCUGUGAGAAAGCACGGGCCAUUUACACAGAUUUGCAGCAGCAGACACCGGGCUCUUCAACGGGCGGAGCGCCGGAAGACUCCUUCAAAGCCAGUCGGGGUUGGUACGACAAUUUCAGGAGGAGGAUCAGCUUCCCUUCCGACGUCCGGCCUGUUGCUGUGACGAGCUCGGACGUGAAUGAGGAUUACCGCAAAACAUUCAGCGAUGUGAUCGCGGCCGAAGGCUACGUCCCUCAGCAGGUCUUCAACUGCGACGAGACGGGGCUCUUCUGGAAAAGGAUGCCGAGGAGGACUUUCAUAACGACAGAAGAGUUGAAGACGCCGGGCCACAAACCUAUGAAAGAUCGGUUAACUCUAGCGCUUUGUGCAAAUGCGAGCGGCGACUGCAAGAUCAAGCCGCUGUUGGUGUACCAUUCGGAAAAUCCCAGAGCCUUUAAAUCACACAAGAUUAUCAAAGAAAAACUGCAGGUGAUGUGGAGGGCCAACCCGAGGGCGUGGGUCACCAGGCAGUUUUUUGUGGAAUGGGUCAACCUGGUCUUUGGUCCUGCCGUAAAGAAGUACCUCCAGGGAAAAAACCUACCCCUGCGAGCGCUUCUCGUCCUAGACAACGCCCCUGCUCACCCGCACAACCUUGAAGGUGACAUCCUUGAAGAAUUCAAAUUUAUCAAGGUUUUCUACCUUCCACCUGACACCACUGCUGUCCUGCAGCCCAUGGACCAGCAUGUGGUUUGUAAUUUCAAGAAGCUCUUCACCAAGCACCUGUUUCACCGCUGCUUCGAGGUGACGCAAAGCUCAAACCUCACGAUUCGAGAGUUCUGGAAAGACCACUACAACAUUGUGAUGUGCCUCAAAAUUAUCGAUAUGGCCUGGCAGGGUGUUACCAGGCGGACCCUGAUUUGUGCGUGGAAGAAGCUGUGGCCCGACGUUGUGUCGGAAAGGGCCAUAUUCGAGCCCGAGGAGGACGUUGUGGAGGAAAUAGUGUCCCUGGGGAAAUCCAUGGGCCUGGAAGUGGAUGAAGAAGACGUGAACGAGCUGGUAGAGGAGCACGCUGAGGAACUGACAGCGGAUGAGUUAAAAGCGCUCCAGACGCAGCAGCAUGCAAAGGUUUUGCAGCAAAUCGUUACCUCGGAGCACCCUGCGACAGAGGAAGUUAUCCCGACGAGUGAGAUAGUGGAAAUGUUGGAAAUAUGGGAGAGGCUUUCAGAUUUCAUUCAAAAGAAACACCCGGAAAAAGUGGCAACUGGAUGUGCCUCGUCGCUUUUUAAUGACACCUGCCUAGCUCAUUUCCGAAAUAUUUUGAAAGAGAGGAAGAAACAAUUAUUGAAAAGACCUGCCAGUGAAAUGGAGGAAAGCUUGUUGAAAAAGCCUAAAACAGAAGAUGAAUAAGUGGCAUGUGAAAAAAAAAAAUGGUGCAAAAAUUUUGCAUUGUGUUUAAACUUGGUGAACCAGUUAUUUCUUUAUGUUCUCAUUUGACGUUUUUAUACACUACAGCAAUGAGCCAGGGCGCAUAUUUCACUUUGGCAUUAGAUCUCACAAAGCCCACGUGUCACACAUGUGGAUCCACGGAAUCAUUUGGUAAUUUGUCAUUGGAAAAGGAGGAAGAACAAAAAAUUAGUUUUUCUAAAAGAAUUGUUUGUCAUCCAUAUAAUUCAUAUUGGUUAAUUUACCGCGGCACAUUAAUUGGGAAAAUGCUGUGGUAUUACAGUGUUAUUUUUCUGUAUUAAUAUGUAUCACCAUAAAGUGAAGUGUGUUUCUGGAACAUAUUCAUGACUUUUGUUUUCGAUGGGACCAAUCGAUUUAAUAUAAAAGGACAUUGAGUCCCAAGCUAAGUAUUGGAAUGGCAAGAACUCGAAAUGUGGGGAAACGGACGGCACUAAAUACAAGCCCUGUGCCUUACAGUGGAACCUUAGUCAUACAUGCUGCCACUUGGCUCGGCUUAUAGACGUAACACUGGGCCUUUAGUUGAUACCCACUAGUGACAUUCUGGAUAAUGAGGUCAAAUAUUGUUCUAAACUUGGAACAUAGACUUUGUGCGACAACAUGAUUAAAUCCUUGACAAUGAACAUCGACUGAGUGGCCAAGCUUCAUGGCACCAACCCUUUAUGGCGUCAACCCCUGGUACUGCACUGUUGCUGAUGGGUUUUGGCCAGCGUCUUACACGUCUGUGUGUACCGUUUGCUUCCUCACAAGGAGUGUAAAUUGAUCUACGUUGUGAUACUCUUCUGUGGGGUAUCGACUAACAAGAGCUUGGGAGCCAGCAGCCACCAACCUCCUCUUAACCCUCUUCACGGGCCGGAUUCAGAACCACAGUCUGGCACGCUGGACGCCAUAUGCUCUUCCUUACAGUCGGCCGAUGCACGCGAUCGCUAUGCGGGCCGAGCGCAAGAUGUGGCGAAAGCGAUUCCCAGAUUCUUUUCCAGCUGAACGUGACAACAACACCUCCAGGUGAUCCAAUCAGAUUCUUCCCCUGCUCCUCAGCAGGUUCUUCCAAGACUGCAAGCUCAGCUGCUUGGGUUAAUGCCAAGGCAGCCUCACAGACAAAGAGCAGGCUUUUUUUGUGACCUCACAAGGCAAGGGCUAUAAUAAGUCGGAAGCAAAGUACCAAUCCUGUAGUUUGAGGAGGAUUCUAAGUCCUGCCUGGGAGGUCUUGAAUUGGUUUUGUGACGGGGGAAAAGGGGCAUGAGGGUAAUGACAGCAAGCAUGUUUGCAGCUGACACUCAUCUGCUUUUGCAAUAAACAUUUGUACUGUACUAUUACAGUCAACAGACUUGGUGUCUUGUCUACUCUUACUGGCAUGGAACAAGUGGCUCGUAUAUUCUGGAGCCACAAUUCCAGCUGUUAUUUCGAUUGAGUAAACAUUUAACUUAUUAGUAAUCGGUUUAUUCUGCAGCAACU